AUGGCGACUGCCGCUCCUGGCCUCACGCCGGAGAUGGUCGCAGCCAUCGACAAGCUGGCCGACUUCAAGGUGAAGAACGGCGAGCAGUUCGAGGCGCUCAUCAGGAACAAGCAGCGCGACAACCCAACGUUUGCGUUUCUGUUCGACGAGGCGUCGCCCGGCUAUGCAUACUACCAUAGGAAGGUGCAGGAGUAUACGCAGGCCGGACUGGCCGCGUUGCCCGCUCCGGGGACGAUGCCGCCCGCUCCGGGGACGAUGCCGCCCUAUCCCAACAUGGCGUGGGCGGGCACGCAUCAGCCGACACCGAUGCACGCUCAACUCGCACCGCAACAGCAUCCUUUCGCUCCACAGCAGCAGCCCUACCCGGUUCCGCCGCACCCGCAGCCGCCGCAGCCGUUUGGCAUGCAGCCACUCCCGCAGCCUCAUCUCGUCGCUCAGCACUUCGCCGCGCAGCAGCACAUGAUGCAGCAGCAGCAGCAACAGCAGGCUUGCGCGAUGGCGGCCGGCUUCUCCCCGUAUGGCGCGCCGGGCUUCCCGCCCCCGCUCCUGCCCAACCCAGUCCCGCACGGCGGCGCGGCCGCCACCGGCCCGAUGGCGAACCUGUCCUCUGCAUACAACGUCCCGGUUGGCAUCCUGGCUUCGGUCCUCAAGCGGCGGCGGCAGUCCAACCCGCGUUCGGUCGCGCCGUUUGCGCCCCUCGAGCAGCACGAGCUGCCCAAGGAGCUGCCGCAGCGCCAGCCCGCCACACCCGAGCUCCUCGUAGCAAUCGAGCGUUACUAUAGCGGUGCGCCGCCGCUGGAGGAGCGGCAGGAGCGGAGGCGCGAGGAGCAGCACAAGGAGGUGCGCGCCAGGUAA